ACUUCUUCAUCGUUCAUUUGUACGUGAUAUUUUGUAUUGUACAUAUCGUCAUUUUCAUAUUAUUUGAUUCGCAAACAAUUUUGUUUUCAUAAUAAAAAUUAGCUUACUUAGCGUAUAAGCAAAAGAAGGAAAGUUAAAAGAGAAAAAGACUUGUAAUCAUUUAACCGACGUGAUGCUUACUACUAUGGAUAAAUUGCCGGCUAUUAAGCUCGGCGAAUUCACUUUAGAAUUCGAGCUUGGACCACUCAGCCCGGAAUUGCAAGAAGUCGCUAGAAAAGAACUCAGAGAAACAUCGGAACUUCAAAAGGAAUCCAUGGAAAGAUUUAAAGAAUUAUUGAAAGCCGAAACUGAGUUAAAGUGUCCCUUGGAUAACGAUGCCUGGCUCAUUAGAUUCCUUAGGCCUUGUAAAUAUUACCCUGAUUCUGCUACAAAACUAGUGAAGAAUUAUUACAAUUUCAAGAUUAAACAUGCAACCAUCUAUGAUCACUUGAAGCCAACCAAUGAGAAAAAUAUCUUCGAACAAAACAUUCUGACAGUUUUACCGAAUCGAGAUCAAUACGGCAGAAGAAUAUUAAUUGUCCAACUUGGAAAGAAAUGGAAACACAACAAAUGCAGUCUUGAUGAGAUCUACAAAGGUUGUGUGCUCUACCUGGAAGCGGCUAUGUUAGAACCAACUACACAAGUUGCCGGUGCUGUCGUUAUUUUCGAUAUGGACGGUCUCUCUCUACAACAGACGUGGCAAUUUACUCCACCGUUUGCGAAAAGAUUGGUUGAUUUACUUCAAGAUGCCAUGCCAUUGAGAAUAAAAAAUCUUCACAUUAUUAAUCAGCCAUAUAUUUUCAAUAUGGUCUUUGCCCUCUUUAAACCAUUUCUUAGGGAAAAAUUGAAAAGCAGAAUAAUCUUUCAUGGUACUGAUCGUAAAUCUUUACAUCAGUAUAUACAACCAAAAUGUUUGCCUGAAUGUUACGGUGGCACUCUACAGCUUCCUCUAGUUUCGGGACCUCAAUGGUUAGAGCUUCUAUCAUUGUGUGACAAAGAGUACGAAGCUAUAAACUCGUAUGGAUACAACAAGUAGCACGAUCCACGAAUCUCAGAAAAGAUAAUACGAAAAGAAAGAUUUGUAUAAAGAGAAAGAGGUAUCGAAUCCGAAGUCGUCGUUGGCGAUGACUUUCGAUCGACAAUGACGGCUGUGAAAAUCACAGUUACAUGAUUUUUGUCGAUGUCAUUAUCCACAAAGAGAGUAAUAAGUGUCUUAUUUAUAAUUUUAAUUUUUUUUUAUUCUCUCUAUACUGACCUUUCCUUUUUGUUAGAUCAUUCACUAAUGUUACACUUCGUUUAUAUCACGUUAUAAAACGAUUUGAUUGUGCGCUCAUCAAAAUGUAAGAUCACUUUUUAUAUAACAACAAUAAUUUUUUUGGUGUACAAACCGCAGUUAGCCAUUACCAUUGCAAAGUUUAUGAUAAUGCGAGAAAUCGGCGAGUCCGUUUAUCGCUUAUCACAAAAAUUAUUAUUUCCUGUAUAUGCAAUGUCGUUCUUUAUUCUUUGAUAAAUUACAGAUAAUAAGGUUUUUAUCGAAAGAGAAUAUAUAAAUCAUAAUUUGACUACAAAUUAAUAUUCCUUUUUAUAAUUAGUGAAUUAAUUAAUAGAUCAAACUUUAAAGAUUGUUAUGUAAUAUAAAACAUUAAAAAAAAAAAAAAAGAGAGAACAAAAAACAAAGAAAUUAUAUGCAUAAAAUAGUUUCGAUGAACGUUUCUCGUUAAAACAUUUUACGUAGCAUUAAAAUGAUACGACAAAAAUGAAAAUGAACGUUCAUAUUAAUUAAUAUUUUUUCUCAUUUCUUGUUAAUGUAUCCGUACUUAAAAGAAUCUGUAAAAAAAAAAAAGAUUUAUUGUUCCGUUAGGAGAAGCAUCAGUAAAGUCGUCAUUAUGACGAGAAUGAUAAUUCUUUUUAAUAAUUAACGUCUAAUUCUAAUAAUCCUAUUAUACUAUUUAAUUACGAAUGGAAAUACACAUUGUCUAUUUUAAAACGUAAUCGAAAAUAUCUGAAAUGCGAUACAUCCGUAGAAUUUAAGCCAAAAUAUUGAAAAGAAGAUGAUGUUGCUAUGUUUUUGUUUAUAUAUAAACUAAUGAAAAAAAUUCAAUUACUUUCGGAUUCUUCUUGCCAGUGAUAGAAGUAAUUCCAGAUAUCUUCACCCAUAGGACUUUCAGACAGUUCCAAACCGCCGUACUCUUUAGGCAACGCUUUUCUACCUAUCAUAUUUAUCAGCUUUUCUCUAUUUGUCCCGUGAAAGUGAAUCCUUUUAUAGAAUUUUUCCUGAACAAAAAAGUUUGUUACACAAAAUGAAAAAAAGCGACAAGGCAAACACCUUUGAAUCCAUUCCGCCAUCACAGCUGCAAAUUUUGGUGUGAUGUAAGGCAAGUGACUGAAUGGUAAAUUUUUCCCAUCGAUGAUAAUUUGUACACCGGCGAUCUGAAAAAAAUAUAGACGAUCAGAUGGAUCUGUGAAACGUAUAACAAACAUGACAGUUACAGAUGGAUCUGUGAAAUGUAUAACAAGUAGUCGUAGGGAUUAUAUUCCUUUGGUUUCCAUUUUGCUCCACCGUACACAAGCAAAAGUCUACUACCGUCAAUACAUUCUACCGGAAGAGGUAUCAAAAGAUUCGCACAAAAACAAUACUUCAUAUUCAUUGGUGUUAAGUUCUCGGUCAUGUACGGGUAAUUUAAACGAAAUUUAUAAUAUCUUUGUAUCUAUAUUGAAGGAUAAAACGAAUAAGGUAAAAUUAGAAAAGGAAUGAGAAACUAAUCAAAAAACUUGUAUUUAAGGAUUUAACUUACUGGUUAAACAAGUAAACUUACCAAGUGAAACGCACUAGUUGGAUACCACUUACAUGGUCGUAAAAAUAUCGUAAAGAAUUCAUCAUGAUCCGGUAUGAUUAAGUCGCUAUCUCCUAAAUAAGUAUAGUUUCUAAGAAGUGAAUCUAUUUUUUUUUUAAUUUGUUCUUCCAACCUUCUCAUUUAGUUGUUUGUUUAGUUAUUAUUACUAAUCAUACUUUAAUAAACGAUCAAAUCUGUUGAUUAAUUUCUAUGACAAUCCUUAAAUAAAAUCUAGUAUAUUAUACGAAAAAUGAAGGUAUAUAUUAAGAGAAAAAAUGAUCUCUCAUCAUUGUGUUAUGUUAAAUUUGAUUAUUCUAAAAUUAUAUCAGCUUUUUCUCGAAAUAGAUAAGAAUCAAAUAAAAAUUUCAAGUACUUUCUGUAUGUGUAAAAUGCAAGAGAAUGGAAGAUCAGAUAUAAUCGAAUUGACGGAAGAUAACGAAUACAUACACAUUAUUUUUUUCAUUUCUUUGCAUUUUUUUUUUUUUUUUAUCUCAUGCUAGACUGUUUACUUUGCUUGCUUUAUCUAUCUAAUGUCUGAUUUUUGCAUAACAUAUGAAGAGAUGCGUGACGUCGAUUAAAGAAAUAAUAUUCUCUUUUAUCUAUCAUUCAUUAUCCAUUUCGAUAUGUUACGAUUAAUCUAAAGUAAUUAUUCUAUACUAAAGAUUAUAAUAUAGAAUAAUUAAUCUAAUUAUUGUUAUUUUUAUACAAUGUGUAUACUAUAUAUAUAGUUAAUAUCUUUCGUUUCAAAGAAACUUUCAUUUUCGAAAUUUUAAUAUAAUUAAUGUUCUUUAAUAAAAUUAAUGAACAUGCAUUAUAAUAGCCAACUGUAAAAUGUUUCUGAUAAUUUUCGUUAUUAUAUAAAUAAUAUUCAAGAGAAGAUAAUCUUUUACCAAAUAAAAAAUAAAAAUAAAACAUUGUAAUACCUUUUACUAGUUCCCUGAUAGUUUUCAGGGCUUCAGCAACUACUUCUGGUGUUUCACGAAGUUCCUUCCGAGCCUUUUCUAUAAAUUCAUCAUCGAUGGUCAUUCGGGGCUUCAGUUCUUUUCCAUACACGUUUAAAUAUGGCGCAAACUUUAGUUUAUUUUGAUCUAUCAUAAAUUCUUUUUUACUUGAUUCAUUUGAUAAAACUUCCUCGCGAAAUUCACUUUUAGCCUCGGAGGGAAAUUCGUCACGAAGUUCUUUGCUUGAUUUAUCUUUUUCUUUCAUUGAACACGACGUAGAUUCUUCCAUUAUUGUUCUAUAUACGAUUUAUUUGAUGAUGCAAAUAAAUAAAUAAAUAAAAAAUAUAUAUAUCUGUUAAAUAAAAUAUAUAUCUGUAUUAUCAAAUUUUUCUUAUCUUAAUACUUAACAUUUUUUAUCUGAUGUAUUACGUAAAACUAAUAAACUUGUGGAAAUUUAAUCUUUA